CACGGUCAGAAUUUGCUGCCAGCCUUCAACCAAUUCUGGCACGAAGUCUACAAUAUCUCCAUAUGUGUGUGUGUGGGGUCUGGACGGCGACGUCAGUAUCAAAGCUGUAUUCCCCUAUCACUACAUGGUUGACCUCGUCGUAUGGCGUAGUAUAGCGUACGGCGUAGUAUAGCGCGGAGUUGGUGGACCACGUCUUGUUGGAGGCCUGACCUCUGCCCCACUCACGAACAGCUUCAACGCCCACAGCUGCAGGUGUGCAGUCGCUUGACCAUAAUGUCUUUCUUCGGCUUCGACACCACCCUCCCACGGGACCGACAGCAGCAAUCUUCCGGACGAGGCAUGUUCGAGCAGCAUGAUCCCUUUGCUGGUCUUGGACAGGCCGAGGGUGGCGAUGAUGGCGAGAUGCUCAACUUUGAGGACACCUACGAUGGGCUGGGGCGGAACCUCGACGAGUCCGGCGACACGUUCAACGAUGAUACCUUUGGCGGCGAUGAGCCGGUCACACGGCAGAGCGUGGGCAAAGACUUUGACUUUGCAGGGCAGACGGCGCGGGCGAUGGAUCAGCAUGGCCCGCAGUACGGCCGGGCACAAGCACAGCACGCUCCGCCGCCGAAGCCGACACGAACGGGCUACGAGGCGUACAAGGAGCCCGAGUAUAUUCCCAAGCUAGAGGCUGAUGCUUCGAUUUGGGGUAGGCCAAUGGGUAGGAAGCCAACGGCGGCGGGGGGUGAGCAGCAUGGCCGAACCGACAGCUCGGCGGGGAAGAAGAUGAUGAGCUUGGAGGAGGUAGAGGCGAUGCUCCGAGCGCAAGCGAAGCCAAUACCACCUGCCAUGUCAGAGAAUGAAAGGCAAGCUCAAGGUCUACGAGACAUGCUAGGCGUCGCGUCUCCGCCCAUCAAUCCCCAACAGCAGCCGCCGCCAUCAGAGCAGCCGAGACCGGUGCAGAUACUGCAGCGUCCGCAGCAUACCACGCGGCCAGAACCGGUCAUUCAGCAUCCGACUCCGGAACACCAUCUAGGCGCAUCUCAAGUUCUGCAAGGACGAUACUCACCGCAACCGCCUCGACCUCAAUCACGAGACUUUCACGCCCAACCCCCACCGCAGCACGUGCAUCACCAACAACAACCGCAAAUGCCUGUGCAGCCUCCACGCGGUCCAAUGCAACAUUUGGCACACCAACGCGGCCCUUCCUACAGCGGCCCGCCCAUAACCCAAGCCCAACAAAUGAUGCAAAUGUCCGCUCCCGACCGCGAAGCCUACAUGGCCGAAGAAGCCAAGCGCGCCAAACGCAACCACAAGAUCUUCCUCCUCAGCAAGAACAACGGCCUCAUGACCCCGCAGGACAAGAACUUCAUCACCCGCAUCCAGCUGCAACAACUGCUCACCGCCACCGGCGGCGUAGACAACGAACCCGGCAGCGAAGAGCAGCUGGCGGAGGACUUCUACUACCAAGUCUACGCCCAGAUCCGCGGACCGCCACGCAGUAGUUCGGGUAACGUGGGCAACGGACCCAGUCAGUUCGCGCAGACGUAUCUGUUCCAGACGGGCAGUCGCUACGGGUACGGGAGAAGUAGGCAUCACCCGCGCGGUGGCGACAACCACGUCCAGCGAAUGGAGCAGCAAGUCGCUCGUGCGGUCGAAGCGGCGAAAGCGAGACCGAAGAAUAAGCAGCUUGUCGUGGAAGGUUCGCUGGGCAAGAUCGCGUUCAGCAACUCGAAGACGCCGCGUCCGUUGCUUAAUCUGAAGCGGCCGGAUUCCGAGGCGAAGAUGAGACAGCCGGUGAAACCUGCUGCGGUCUUUGAUCGGAAAGUGGCGUUGAGGGAUAUUGAGAAGAUGUACACUGUACUCAUGCGGCUGGAGGACCAUGAGCGCAAGUUGCCGCCCCCGCCGAAUGAGGAGAGUAGUCCGGAGGUGAUUGAGGGGCAUAUGCGGUGGCGUAGCGAGAUGCAGCUGCUCAAUCAGCAGUUGUGGGAGGCACUGAAGGUUAUGGAGCCCAUACAGGCGAACCCAACGUCACCCCACCCGUUCAUUCAGAUAUUGUCGCACAGCAAAGGCAAAAAAGCCAUCCCCCGCGUCUUCCGCCACCUGGACGACCAACAACGCCUCACCAUGCUCACCCUCAUCGUCAUCCAUCUCGACCAGCUAGACGUCAUCCGCGACGCUUACCCAUCACUGGACAACAGUACUCCGCUCCCGCCCAGAGUCCGAGAAGAGAUCGAAAUCUUCACCCAAGCUGUCAUGCCACCGCUCUUCAGCUACGUUAACGAAGCACCGCUCAACAUCAUCAUCGGUCUGCUCGGGCUGGUCAUGGAUCGUGUACACGUGCAAGGGAUCGUGAGGACGAAGGUGGGUGUGAGUGUGCUUACAAUGUUGGUCAGCCGGGCGGAGCUGGUGAAGCAAGCACAACAGCCUGCACAGCCGUCCCCGCAACAGCAGGAAGAUUGGUCGCAGUGGGCUCACCUCUACAACCGUCUUUUCGAUACUGUUGAGCCGGUGCUGCCUUACAUCUUCCCUCCACCUUCCGCCAGUACCACCACUUCGUCGGCUAGCACGCUGGACUCGCAAGCAUCCGACGACGUACACGUCUGGCAAUUCCUCGCCGCCAUGGGCGUGGGUGCUUCUCCAGACCAGCAGCAGAGGUUAGUCCUGGGUGUCAAGGAAAAGGUUAUGGAGACCGUAGGCGCGGCAAAGGCUUUGCCGGAAACAGAGGCGGAGGUCAAGGAUCGGAGGUUAGGGGAGGUGAAUUUGUUCAUGAGGGCUAUCGGGUUGGAUGUUGAGUUGCUUGGUUGAUGUUGCAGUGAUUGAAAUGGUCGUGGGAAGAGCGCAGCGUGCUUACCCAAGCAAUUAGUGGCUUAAUGCUUUUCGCUUCAUGUAUGGAGCUUUUCUAUUGCAGCUUGCUGCUCGCUUUUUGCACUUGGAUGCCUGGCUCGUCUCGCGGCUAUCUUCGAUUCGAUUCGUCACUGGCGCUCACGACACAAACGCUGAUUUGAGGGAGAACUCUAAACGUCGACGCUGCACGGUUGCCUGACAUACGAGCGCCGUACGGUCAACCGCACGAUUAUGUUCAAGCACAACGUUCGAGAAGCAUGCGGUCGAGAAGCAUACGGGCAACAAGCAUACGGUCAACAAGCAUACGCUCAACCGCACGGUCAUGCACGGUCGGCCGCGCGAUUACGCACACGACUAAUCGCCACGAUCAACUGUAACAUGUUUUAAACACGGUCAAACCGCGCGCUCGACCGCACGGUCGGUUGUACGGUUAAUAGCACAGUUAAGUACACU